AAUACAAAGAGAAGUAAACAUCGAUUUGUGAAGUUUGUUCGUAUUAUAAGCGAUUUUUAUUGACUACAAAACUUAGCAAACCGAAAAAUAUUAAAGACGUAUUGACCACAAAGCUUGAUAAUGUCGCAUUUCAACUUUGAGACAGAGAUAAAUGAUAUUAUUCGCUUAGAUGGAGCAAUCAAGAAUGGACCAAAACCAAGAUGGCAACGAAAAGCUGAGGAAGAAAUUGCACUUUCUGCCAAGACCUCGACGCCAAAUAAACUUGUCAACCGAAGUACAAAUAAAACUCCUUCUGGAUCUCCAAACAAGAAGACGCCGGGUAAGCAAAGAACGCCAAAAACGCCGUCGGGCGAUCGCUUUAUACCUAACAGGAGUUCAAUGAACUUGGAUACGUCCUAUUACAAAGUCAUGAGCAAAGAGGAAACCGAGCAGGAAAAUGAAGGAAGUCCGUCAAAGGCAGAGUUUAGAAAAUCUAUGACCGAAAAUUUGUGUGCCAAUGAACUAAAUGCCAAGAUCCUCACCUAUUCAAACAAAGCUCCAGUACCAAGAGAAGGCUAUUUGAAUGACUUAAGGGUUUUGUAUUGUCAAAACAAGACCCCAGGGACUUCAGCAAAGAAGAAUUCCAGAUUUAUAUCACCCGCGCCAGAAAGAAUACUGGAUGCUCCUGACCUUAUUGAUGACUAUUAUCUCAAUCUCUUGGACUGGAGUUGUAACAAUCAUUUAGCGGUUGCUCUUGGUGGCUUUGUCUAUAUAUGGGAUGCAGGAACGGGAAGUAUACAACAACUUUGUCAAAUGGACUCACCGGAGUGCUACGUGGGUUCUGUCUCAUGGAUAAAAGAAGGGAGAUAUUUAGGAAUUGGAAAUAGUGAUGGCGCUGUGCAGCUUUGGGAUGUGGAACAGCAGAAACGUGUCCGAAAAAUGACUGGUCAUGCAGCAAGGGUCGGCUCUUUAUCUUGGAAUUCCUUCAUUCUGACCAGUGGAAGUCGUAGUGGUGCCAUCCACCAUCAUGACGUCAGAGUUGCUGAUGAUCACGUGGCAACAUUGGCAUGUCAUACGCAGGAGGUGUGCGGAUUGAAAUGGUCACGCGAUGGCAAGUAUUUAGCGAGUGGUGGAAACGAUAAUCUUCUUUUGAUCUGGGACACUAAUGUAAGCUCGAGUGGCGAUAUGAAUUCGCCGUUAUUCACGCUGACAGAUCACCAAGCUGCCGUCAAGGCUUUAGAUUGGUGUCCGUUUCAAAGGAAUGUGAUUGCCAGUGGUGGUGGAACAGCUGAUCGGCAUAUCAGAUUCUGGAAUGCUGCUACCGGAACCUGCCUAAAUGCCAUUGAUACAAAGUCACAGGUUUGUUCCAUUAUCUGGUCAAACAACUACAAGGAGCUCGUGUCAAGUCAUGGAUACGCUCAAAAUCAACUGACGAUCUGGAAAUAUCCUAGCAUGUCAAAAGUUACAGAAUUAACUGGUCACUCGUGUCGUGUUUUGCAUAUGGUCCUCAGUCCCGAUGGUCAAACGGUCAUUUCUGCGUCCGCUGAUGAAACUCUGCGAUUGUGGAAAUGUUUUGCAAUUGAUGCUACGUCAAAGAAGUCAAAAGGCACCGUCGCAAAAGGCUCGAAGUCCAUUAUAAGGCAGGGUAUUAGGUAACUUUGUCAUACAUUUAUAUAGGUUCAUAUAUAUAUAUAAAAUUUAGUUAUGGUAUUGUAAAUAUAUUAACAUGUGAUAUUUCUUAGUCUGUAUGGGCUAUGUCGA